CUGGGGCGAGGGCGAGGGCGAGGGCGGCACGGCGCAGCCUCCGGGGAGCCGGUCCCCAGGCGAGCGGCAGGCAGGCUUGCAGCUGCUGCCUGCGUCGCGGACCCGCAGCCAGAGCCGGGCGCCCUCCGCGCAGAGGGAAGCGUCUGGCCCACACGACCCACGAGGCCUCGCCAGCCCAGUGGCCAGCCGGCUCCCGGGCGGGGCGGAGACUGGAGCGGGUUGAGGCCCUGCAAUGAGUCCUGUCCUUGCCAAAAUCAGCCUCCUGGGGGUCGGGGACGUUUCUGUGGAAGCUGGAAGCUCCACGGAGACGACUUCCCUGCACGCUUAGGGCCCUGCAGGCAUUCAUUUCGCCCCGGAGCUUCCGGGAGAGGCCACAGCCCUGGGUGUCACGUGGAAAGCAGGGGAAAGACUCCCAGGGCGCUGUAGAGGGAAGUUUAGUUCAGCCCAGGCAUUCCUUCCAGACGUUUGUUUUUACUGUCCAGGGGACAAAGAAAGAAAACCACAAUAAUGAAAAAGGGCUAAUAAAUUACAUUUCUUACACCUGCAAGUCAGGUGUGUUGUUUCUGCUACAACUAAUUGUGAGGAGCCGUUUGUGAUUUUUCUUGCCAUCAUAUGUAAGCUGACUGAAAAAGCUUACGUGAUUAUGGUGGGGAAGUACGGGGACGUUUCAGGACAGAAUCUUCUAUAAUUCCACUUAUUUUUAAUUUUACAGAGGCAGGGGAUAUUAUGGAAAAGAGAAGUAUUCAGUUUCUAGUGGGGGCACCUGGACUAGGCUCUUCAGAUGUAGGAGUAUCUGCAGUCUGUGGUAUAAUUGAUCAAAGUUUACAAAGAGAGACCAUCAUACAGUAUGUAACAUGUAUUAAUAGGAUGUUUUCCAGUCAAAUUCAGCCUGGAGAAAUGAGUUCUGGUGAUGCUGAGUACUUUGCGAAUAUAAAAGGAGUAAAGAAGUCACCUUCUUCGUUGUCAUAUUCCAACAGAUCUAGCAAGAAUAUUUUGAACACUACAGAAAAGACAGUUCAUCAAACUUUUGAUGAUGAUCGGCCAUGUAAUUUUUUCAAGAAGAGGAGUAGGGUGAAUGAAUCUCAUCAGAAAAACAGUUUUCUUUUUCAUAGCAAUAUGAAUGCUGGGCCAUCUUGGAAUAAAGUACAACUUUCAAAGGAUUCUUCAGGAAAAAGACAUAGUAAAUCCCAAGUACCUCAUCUGUCUUCCGGGCUGAGAGGCAGCCUUGUGGGCGUCUCUCAACCAGCUGCAGAGAAACUUAAAGAAGGCUUUCUUCCAGAAGGAAAACCAGAAGGGAAUGUACUCAGCUCCAUGUGCCAGGGAGCCUCAGGGAACAAAUUGUUUCUUGACUUCCAGUCAAUGAAAAUUAUUAAGGAAGGUGCUGACGAGGACAGUGCAAGUGAUCUGUCAGACUCGGAGCGGAUGCCGAUUCCUCCUCCUCCCCUCACCCCGCCAGAUCUAAAUCUUCGAGCUGAGGAAAUCGACCCAAUUUACUUCGAUCUUCACCCAAGUCAGAGCCAUGCCAAGCCCGAGUACUGUUACCCCGAUUUCCUGCCACCCCCUUUUAGCUCGUGGAACCUCCGGGAGAUGGCAGUGCUUCUGAACACAGAGUACGAGGCCGAGCCCCGAGCCCGGGGCUUCCUUGGGAAGUACAUCAACAGGCUCCUUCAGCUCGAGUGGCUGCAGAUCCAGACUGUACAAGGUGAGAAGGGAAAGGGCUCCAAGGCCCGACCUCUGGCAGCCCAGGGGGCGCCCGGGGCUCUGAAAAGUCCUGGGAGAAGUAAACUAAUUGCGAGUGGUCUGUCCAAGCCGCUGCCUCACCUGGAAGGGGCUUCAAAGUCAGGCCCUGCACAAAAGCAAGGUUUUCGCUUUGAAGAAACACGUCCAUCCUAUUACGCCUUUGAGACCUCCCCCAGGUCCCCUGAGGCCAGCACCAGGCUACAUCCCCUCCAGCAAACCCCCGAAAUGAGGACUAAAGAGAAGAAAAAGAAAUCCAGUAAAAGCACCAAGAUGCAGCACAGGGAUUUUUCUUGCAGCGACAGCAGCUCCAAACUGGAAGCCAGUGGGAAUAUCCGAGUUCCCGAACAGCCAGCAACGAUUCUGGACUCUUGCAGAACACAAGCACAUGGGAAUCUUAAGAAAAAGGGGACUGCAAACAGCUGUGCUCAUACAACAAUAUCCAGUGAGAAGAAACUCAAAACAAAUGGAGCAAAGCAAAACUCAUACAAAUUAAAAUAACAUCUGACGAUGAAUUGCGAAGACCAGCAGAUACCUAAAUACUGGAGCUCUCCCAGAAGCUACAGUGCUGCGAAUGUUAAGACAUUUCGAAACGAGUGCCAGUGAAGUUGUUUGGACCGCUCGCCCACCCCCCACCCCUGCCCCCAGGAGAGGUCUUUUCAGAGUCCAGAGUCUUCACCAUUACAAGGUGGUAGAGUUAUAUCCAAGGAGAGGUGUCUUUCAGUGUCUUUGUUUUGAUAGUCUUAAGCAUUUGAGAGCCCACUGGGUAAAAAGUAACCAAAGUGAUGUGCGGUGUAAGGACUAAAACACCAGUACUCCAGGGGAGGAGUCAAGGAGACUUCUGGAAUGCCAGCCAGUCUUUGUAAAACUGGCGGUUUAGUUCCCCAUUUUCACUUGCACAUAAGUCUGUAAAACAGUGCAUGCUGUUUUAAAUUAUGUGCAAUCCUGGCAUUUGAAAUCAGGCCCUUCUGGCCACCAUGUCUUCUCCUUUUGCAAGCAGAUUUCUGUUCACUUUAUGCCCAAGGAGAAGUGUCGGUUCUUUCCAGAGUUAGGAAUUAUGUGAGUUUCUGUUCUGGGCCGUCAUUUAAAGCUGAGCUACUUACUCAGUAGACACAAUGGCAUAGAGAAUUUUCAUGCUUUUCUCUCUCUCUCUCUUUAAAAGAUACUUUAAAUGCAGAGGUGAUUGUGUAGUCCACUUCUGAGUUCUCUAAACUGAGAUUAAAAUAAUUUUCAGUGUGGAUAUUCCUGUUUGGCAGGGCAAGAAUGAAAUAUGUGGUGCCCUAAAAUUUCUCUGAAGAGGAAGCAGAAGGAAGUCACCUUUCAGAAGUUGUAAAGGAAGGGUCUGUAAUAAGCUAGAAACACGGAAACUAGUCAGAUGCAGCACUUGUUUAGUUACUUACUGCCUUGGGACUCAGAUCCUGCUGUCCUUAGUCAGAAAUAAGGGUCUGUUUCAGUUUGGAAGAGCAGGGUUUUCUUAUCUUGUGGGGCACAAGGGCAGGAGAGGAGGACACAGCUCCAGGUGGAGGGCAGUGGGACAUGGACGAAGUUGCGGGCUGUGCUUCUCUGUGGCUUCCUGCUCCCUGCGCGCAUGUCCUUCACUGCCUCUAAAUAACAUCCACUUGUUCCUGUAGCUGUGCUGUGAGCACUCUGUCGAUACUUGUUAUCUUCAAAACCUUGGGUUGACUACUUCUUGUUAGUGUGUUUUCGUGAGUAGUGGAUCCCUUUAAUCAAUUACCGUGGGUUUUGUUGUUGUUGCUGACACCCCUGUUCCUAUCUUUUCACCUUCGGCGUAAAUGAGAAAUUUGACAUGUUGCCUUUCCAAGUAUAUAAUGGCCUGUAGACUGUUGCUGCCCACUGCACAAGGACAAGAAACAUUUGUGACUGGAACAGUGCACCAAGAUUGUAUAGUAAGAUACCUUUUUAAAAUCAGAUUUUAAUCAGUAAACAACAUAUGACAUUUUUUAUGGUAGACUUUUUCUUUCAGGACUUUAUUUUGAGAUGUUUGCAGAUUUUCCCUUAACAUUCCUUACCUCUCGCACCAGCCUGCUGCAAACAGCAUGCUCUUGUAGAAAGGCCUUACACCUUUUAAUGUGAACAAAGAUGUGUGUAUAGUAGGUGCUGGUUCCGCAGUCCUCAAAUACACUCUAACUUUUGUCCUCAGUGUAUGCCAUGUGUUUGGAAAAUGUAACACCAUUCUUAAUUCUCCUUUCUGUGGUUCAUGCCUGGUGCCUGUGCACCCCUUGUCUACCCUGCUCCUGUAGCACAGAUGUGUCUUACUUGUGGCUGGCACUUCUCUUAGGAUUCUCUGCUAGAGUUUUAUGCAGCUCUUUAUGAAGUUUCAUGGCCAGUAAGUAUUUGCGAGCAUGAUAUUAUACACCUUUGCAUCUGUAUGCGCUACUUACAGUGAUACUAAAGAUGAUAUGUGGAGUGCUGGCGUCCAUGCGGGUACUCUCGGAGGCCUGGAAUGGGUGAGGAUGUUGUUUUCUUUUCCUUGCCUUUUAUGUGUCUGAGCUGAAGAUCGUUACGAUUAAGAAAUUUCGAGACUAUGCCUCAUGCAUUUGUUCCUAGCUCUUAAUUGAGGCUGGUUUAAUCUGGGGAAUAGGCAUAAUGUCACCUAUUCAGACCAUUUAAAAAGCCUGAAAAAGUGACGUUGCUUGUUUACUUCUUGCCUCAGGUUGGUCAUUUAUUUUAACUGGUUAGUAAUGGAAUGAAUCAGAGCUCCUAGUAAUUUAUUUUUAAAGUUAGGUUCUUACAGAACUAAACACAAUUUUAAUUUUAUGAUCUCUGACAACACGUCUAACACAUCUUAAGGAACCAAAUGUUGCAGAUAAGAAUCUUGCCUUUUUGAAGUAGGCCGUGUUGGAAAGUUGAAUCAUGAACUCAUUUAGUUCAUCAAGUCAAAACCAUAGAGAGUUCUGCUAGUCUGGUGACAAGAGUCAUUGUAUUUCCAAGAAGUGCCUCUCAUUUCUGAGGACUUGUUUACAUACACCUUGCAUUUAAACCAAUUAAAACAAUCUGAGAUACAGUAAAACCCAAAAAGAAUGUAAAAAGAAUAUUUCAGGCUUAGACUCAGUUAAGGGAAAAAGUUGUAGAAAAGUACAAAAAUAGACUAUAAAAAUAUAUCGAUCUUUGCUUUGUUUAAAUUUAGCCUGUUUUCCAAAUCUUUAAAUAAUUAAAUGAGCUGAAGGUUUGUAACUGAUUUGUGGCCUAUGACAAAAUGUGGAGAUGAUACCAUUGGUCUUAAUACAGCUAACUCUAAAAGGAAGAUGGUUUGUAGUAGUUUUUUGGCCUAUUAGAUUACUUUCUAGGAAUAAAUAAGAAUUGUUGCUAAACAAUAAUAUAAAUGAUAUAAAUAUCGUCUAUUUCCUCAUUCCUUUAUGCUCAUUUACUUGAAUUACAUGAAAAUAAUGAAACUUUGUGGUACUGUAUUUAAAGGUAACAGAGAAACAGUAUUAUUUAUUUAUGUACAUGUACAGGGCACUAUUUAAAAUAGCCUGAAAAUAUUCAGCAUGUUUAUUUGCUAUCAUGAUUGUAUGUUUGCUUCUUUAUGUAAUAGAGAAUUCAUGCAAGUUUUUGUGCACUUGGAUUUUUCAUUCCUUGAGCUCAAUUAAACUGUAGAAAAAGAACCUGGA